CGGCGUCUCUAUCACUUGUGUGAUGUCAGAUUUCGGGUCCUGACGUAUUUAAGCAUCUCUGCGCGUGAAUAUGUGGACUGGCGCUCAGGCAUGGAUGAAAGUGGACGACUUUUCGCCGGCUCGCGGUUACGGACCCGUGUUCUAACCGGUUUGAUCACCUUCUGCGUCCUUUUGUUUCAUAGCACCCCCGUUCGCGCCGGUCUCUACGACGGUAAUCUUCCGUUAGUUAAUCUUAAUGCUAGCAACUUCUAUGAUGUGUUACUUGGCAAAGAAAACGCGUGGAUCAUCCAGUUCUACAGCAGCUGGUGCGGUCACUGCAUUCACUUUGCGCCGAUGUUCAAAGCGUUCGCCCACGACAUCUCAGGAUGGAGGCAAGUACUGGGAUUAGCAGUUAUGGACUGUACUGAAGUGACAAACAUCAAGUUCUGCCGGCUCUUUGAAGUCACCUCUUUUCCAACUCUCGUGUUCCUGGGGACGAAGGCCACACGUACGGACCGGGGCGAGGUGAUUGAAGCUCACCGUUCCAUUACGAACCUGCGGCAUCAGGCACUGUCUUUGUUGCAAGGAAACCAUUCAACGGGUCCUCACCCCAGGCCCCCUUCCUGGCCUUCCCUGGACCCUUUACCCGACAGUGAGGUGAGCCUGGCCCAACUCUGGAACAGGGUGCCGCAGCAGGUUCAUACAAUGGUGAUCGUAUUCGAAUCUCAAGCAUCCCUCGUCGGGCAAGAGGUGACCUUGGACCUGUCGGGCAACCCCCACUGUCGAGUGUGGCACCUGGUGAAUCCGUCACCGAGCAGCCCCCUCCUUUGGGAGCUGUCUGAAGCUGGAAGUCAGCCAGACAAUUCCACCACCCAGGCCAUCAUCUACACUGUACUGCGGGACAGCAAGGCUAAGUUUCUCCUGAGGGUACCUUACAGCGAAGGUUCACGAAAACUGGUAGUGGAUGCCUUGUUGCCUCUCCGCACAAGCGAAGAUAUGAUCGAGCGUGGUGCAAAAGAAAAUGCCAGUGAAAACGGAUCACUUGCAGACUCCUCCAGGGUGUACCGGGCAGACCUCAACAAUGCCAUGGUGUACGCCCUGAGCCAGGAGGUUGCACUUUGGGACACAUUCAACCGGAGCCAGCUCGAAGUCCUGGAGCACUUUGUCGACGUCCUCAGACAGUUUUUCCCGGGGGAUCCUUCCACGAUGCACUUCCUGGGACGCCUACAGAAGUAUGUGGCCUCCUUCCGGGAGCGGGGUCACGUCCUCCGCGGAGAGGCCCUGUCCACAUUCCUCCGUGCCGCAGGCUCUCCGGACUCCCAGCUGCCAAGGAUGGGCCCCUACGUCGGCUGCCUCGGAAGCAGGCCGGGGCUGCGCGGCUACCCGUGCAGCCUAUGGAUGCUGUUCCACAGCCUCACGGUGAAUUCGUACCGUGCCUCUGCGGAGCACGGACCUGCCUCAGGAGACCACCCAACGUCAGCGAGGACGACGCUGCUGACGAUCCGCGACUACGUUUCGCACUUCUUCACGUGCAGCGAUUGCGCGGCUCACUUCGCGUCCCUGGCAGUGGGCCUGGAGUCCAAGCUGCGGGAACCCCGCGACGCGGUGCUGUGGCUCUGGCGGACGCACAAUGCGGUGAACCGGCGCCUCUCCGGGGACCAAACCGAGGACCCCGCCGCGCCCAAGGUUCCCUUUCCGCCGGAGUCCCUGUGCUCCGAGUGCCGCACGUCCCGGGGCCGCCAGGACACGGUCGACUGGAACGUGCGCUGGAACGUCGACAGGACUCUCCAGUUCCUGCUCCACUAUUACUCCGGAGACUCGGUCAUCGCCGUCGUUGCUCUUCCGAACGAACCGGCCGGUACGUGGCGGGGGCCGAGCAUCAUGCUACCGCUGGCACUAACCGCAGUCUUGCUAGUGCUGCUGCUCGUGGCGUUGCUGGGGCCCUUCGGCUGCGGUCGGCGAAAACUAAGGCCCUGUCGAAAGCUAUGCACACGUCGGGGUUUUGCGUCGCCGCCCUGAGUUCGACACGGAUCUUCCAUGAAGGCCUUCUGAAGUGGGCCGACCUGUACAGAGCAUGCGCCGAGGCACGGGUUGCAUCUGCGCCGUCUAUACUGCACAGUGCGUGUGUAGCCGUGCAGGGGUGAAUUGCAGACGAUGCGGCAAGCACAGGAACUGCUCAUAAUGAUGAAAGCCUGAGAGUGAGGGAGGUCUACCCUCAGACUCACACUUUUUUUUUAUUCCAAACGGUUACCGGGUAGCUUGUUUUUAAGCAUAGUUAUGGGAACUACUCAUACCAGGGAGAAACAGAGAAAAGAGGAGACACCCGCAAGUUGUUUUGUGGUUGUCAUUCUUGUUUUCUUGUUUUCUCUCUGUACUAGUAGCUCUUCAAGUAUCUACAAAGUAGACAGCCUCUUACAGCUUUAGAACAGUUGAGAUCAAUUGCCACCGGCUGCAUUUGUCUGGUAAUUGUGGUAGGUUGGUGGUGCCCCUGUGCUUGUCUGUCUGCAUUUCAUCCAGGCACAAUCUUGGGGUGUCUUUGCUGUCGGCGUGUUUGCAGCACACUUACCACCGUACCUCGAGGAGCCAGUGGCAUAGCCAGGGGAAGGGGAGGGGAGGGGGAGAGGGGAGAGAGAGAGGGAGUGGGGCUCAUGGGGUUUCACCACCCCUCGAAAUCCAGCCGACCCUAUAACUCUAUAAUAUACACGUGCAUUUUUACCUCUCUCCCCCCCCUCUG